AUGGCGCCCAAGAAGAAGGGAAACAAGAAGGCCCAGCAGGACGACUGGGAGGCCGAGCUCGGCGAGACCAUCGACCCCAUAGCUCAGGCCGAGCAAGAGGCAAAGGCUCAGGAAGCUGCCAAGGAUGCUGAGGAAGACGCUGCUCCCGCUGGUGGUUUGAUGGCUGCCCUCAAGCGCAGACAGAACAAGAAGGGCAAGAAGGGCAAGCAACAGGACAACGACUGGGAAGCCGAGCUUGGUGAAGACCCUACCGCUGCAGAUGGAACCUCUACUCCUCCCGUCGACCUCUCCGCCAAGGCUCCUGAGGAGGGCACCAUGGACGACGAGGACCUUUACCCCGAACCCGCUAAGAAAGGAAAGGGUGGAAAGGGUGGCAAGCAGCAACCCGAGCCUGCAGAGGAAGACGAUGAUGACGAGCAGGACAACAGUGGUCGCGUCUUGACCAAGAAGGAGAAGGAAAAGCUCAAGAAGGAGCGCGAGAAGCAGAGAAAGAAGGAACAGGCCGCAGCCAAGAAGAAGGCAGGCGGUGCUGCACCUGCUGCACCCAAGCCCCAACCCAUCAGAGAUACUCCUUCGCCGAGCGCUGCCGAACCUGUCGCACCAGCUCCAGAGCCUGCUGCUGGUGGCAAGAAGAAGAAGCUUAACCCCGCUCUUGCUGCUCUGCAAAGACAACAGGCCGAGUUGAGGGCCAGAGAGGAAGAGGCUGCUCGCCUCGAAGCCGAGGAGCGUGCACGAGCUGAGGAAGAGGAGAAGCUGGCUGCUGAGGAAGCAAAGGCCAGAGAAGAGGCCAAGGCUCUCAAGAAGCAAAAGGAGAAGGAAAAGAUCGAGCAGCUCAAGAAGGAGGGCAAGUACAAGACAAAGGCUCAAAAGGAAGCCGAGGCUCGCCAACAAGCUCGUCUCCAACAGAUGCUUGAAAGUGGUGCCAUUGUCGCUGGUAUUUCCGGCGAUGCGGACGACGCUAAGAAGGCACAGAAGGACAAGGAUCGCAGAAAGAAGAACCCUCGCAAGGCUGCCGAAGAGCGUGCUGCUGCCGAGGCCGCAAAGGCUGAAGAGGAGGCUGCUCGCAAGAAGCUCGAGGAGUUGCGCAUCGCUGAGGAACAAAAGAAGGCUGCCGAAGAGGCCGCCGAGAAGGCCAAGGCUGAUGCUCUGGAGAAGAAGGCUGAAGACGCUGACGAGCUCGACGACUGGGAGGCCGAGGCUGAGAAGAUGGAGAACGAGGGUGUCAAAGACAGCUGGGACGCCGAGUCAAGCGACGAGGAGGAUGGAGCCUCCAAGACCGUCAAGCCUGUCGUCAAUGGCAAGCCUGUCCAGGAUGGUGCAGCCGGCAAGAAGGCCAACAUCAAGGAAGAGUCCGAAUCGGAAUCUGAUUCUGACUCUGAUUCGGACUCGGACUCGUCUUCCGAUGAAGAGAGUGCUAACGCCCGUGCCAUUGCCCAGCGCAAGCGUGAGGCCGCUGAGAGACGUCAAAAGACUAUUGCAGAUGCUAGAGCUGCUGCUUCCAAGGACAACUUGCGCUCGCCCAUUUGCUGUAUUCUUGGUCACGUCGAUACCGGAAAGACUAAGCUUCUGGACAAGAUUCGUCAAACUAACGUUCAGGAGGGUGAAGCUGGUGGUAUUACCCAGCAAAUCGGUGCUACCUACUUCCCUGUCGAGGCUCUGGAGAAGAAGACUGCUGUCGUCAACGCUGAUGGCGCUUUCAAGUUCAAGAUUCCUGGUCUUUUGAUCAUUGAUACUCCUGGUCACGAGUCUUUCACUAACCUCCGUUCCCGUGGUUCUUCGCUCUGUAACAUUGCUAUUCUGGUUGUCGAUAUUAUGCACGGUCUUGAGCCUCAAACUCUCGAGUCCAUGAGACUGCUCAGAGACCGCAAGACUCCUUUCAUUGUCGCCCUCAACAAGAUCGAUCGUCUCUACGGCUGGAAGCAAAUCGCCAACAACGGCUUCCGUGAGUCGCUUGCCAUGCAGAACAAGGGCGUCCAGAACGAGUUCGCCGACAGACUCGAAAAGACCAAGAUCGCCUUCGCCGAGCAAGGUUUCAACUCUGAGGUCUUCUACGAGAACAAGUCGAUGGCCCGUAACGUCUCUCUCGUUCCCACUUCCGCUCACACUGGUGAGGGUAUUCCCGACAUGCUCAAGCUCAUUACCCAGCUCACCCAGGAGAGAAUGGCUGGCCAGCUCAUGUACAUCUCCGAAGUCGAGUGUACUGUUCUGGAAGUCAAGGUCAUUGAGGGUCUCGGUACCACCAUCGAUGUUGUCCUUACCAACGGUCGUCUGAAGGAGGGUGAUCGCAUCGUGUUGUGUGGUACAGAAGGACCUAUAGCCACCAACAUCAGAGCUUUGCUCACACCUGCUGAGAUGAAGGAGUUGCGUGUCAAGUCUGCAUACGUUCACAACAAGGAGGUCAAGGCUGCAUUGGGUGUCAAGAUUACUGCCAACGGUCUUGAGAACGCCAUCGCUGGUUCUCGCCUGCUCUUGGUCAAGGAGGAUGACGAUGAGGAGGAGCUCAUGGACGAUGUCAUGUCCGAUCUCGAGAACCUGCUCAGCAAGAUCUCCACAUCUGGACGUGGUGUCACUGUUCAGGCAUCAACCCUUGGUUCGCUCGAGGCUCUGCUCGAGUUCUUGAAGCAGAUGAAGAUUCCUGUUGGUUCGAUCUCGAUCGGUAACGUUCACAGAAGAGAUGUCAUUACAGCAUCAACCAUGUUGGAGAAGCACAAACAAUACGCCGUCAUGCUCUGUUUCGAUGUAAAGGUCGACAAGGAAGCCCAAGCCUACGCCGACGAGGUUGGUGUCAAGAUCUUCACAGCAGACAUCAUUUACCAUCUGUUCGAUCAAUUCACCAAGCACAUGGCCGAGAUUGCCGCACAAAAGAAGGAAGAGUCCAAGAUGUUGGCCGUCUUCCCCUGCAUCCUCAACCCCAUCCAAGUCUUCAACAAGACCAAUCCCAUCGUCGUUGGUGUGGACGUCGCCGAGGGCGCUCUGCGCGUAAACACACCCAUCGCAGCCAUCAGAACCAACCCGGUCACCAACGCAAAGGAGAUCAUCCCCAUGGGCCGCGUCACCUCGAUCGAGCGCGAGCACAAGCAAAUCCCCCUCUGCAAAAAGGGACAACCCGCCGUCGCCGUCAAGAUCGAAGGCAACAACCAACCCACCUAUGGCCGUCAACUCGAAGACAAGAUGACUCUGUACUCACACAUCAGCAGAGCUUCCAUCGACACGCUCAAGGAGUUCUACCGUGAUGAGGUUACCAAGGAUGAGUGGAACCUCAUUGCCAAGCACCUCAAGGGCUUGUUUGAUGUUGUGUAG